CGACGAGCAACGCCCGUAACGAUCCGCCUUGGUCUCUUUCCACGUUCUGAACCGCCCGGAACAACCACAACGACCACCACAUCAGGAUGUUAGGUCGCCGCUCGGUAUCCCUUCUGCGUGGACUCACAGAAUUGCCUGUAAGCAGUCGUGCGCAUACCGCUCUGCGGGCUCUCUCAGUCCCACAAACGCGUCGAAAUGUGGCGACGAAACCAAAUUACGAGGGUCAUAUACCCUUAAACUGGUUUGAAAAUGCUCUUCUGACUGCGGGAGCGGCGUACAUGUCGAUCACAGACCCUAGACGGGGAGAUAUGGUCGCCGCUCUUGGUGAGACGACGGCAGGUCCAACUGUAUCCUGGCUCAGGGACCAAAUGCUUGCAAGUCCUGAAGGACGACAAAUCCUCAAAGACCGUCCCCGGAUAACCUCUUCGACCGUGGACAUGGAUAAACUGGCCCAAAUGCCGGAAGGAACCUUUGGAAGGGCCUACAUUAAUUGGCUUGAGAGAUGCGGCGUCACCCCCGAUACUCGCGAACCAGUGCACUACAUCGAUGAUCCUGAACUGGCCUAUGUGAUGCAAAGAUACCGAGAAUGCCAUGACUUCUAUCAUUGCAUUUGCAACAUGCCCGUAAAUGUGGAAUCAGAACUCGCCGUCAAGUACUUUGAAUUCGCGAACCUAGGCCUUCCAAUGGCUGGACUGGCAGCCCUUUUUGGUCCUCUCAGGCUCAACGCUCAGAAACGCAACUGGUUGUUUACGGAAGCUGUUCCUUGGGCAUUGAAGUGCGGUAGCAGCGCACGAAGUCUUAUCACGGUGUACUGGGAAAAGCGGUGGGAAGAACAGGUGGAGGAUAUGAAGAAGGAAUUUGGGAUUUGGGAUGGCCCGGAAGCGAGAUGGAGUAAACCCUUGAAUGAGGCGAAGGAAGCCGCCGAACGUCGCUCAAAAACAACCCAAAACCAAAUAUACUAA